AUGAAUAAAAAUAUAGUUCUAUCUAUCUCUCUAUCUAUCUAUCUCUCUAUCUAUCUAUUGAUCUCAGUUUAUUCUAUCUAUCUAUCUAAAUUUAUUCAUCUAUCUAUCUGUCUUUCUAUCUAUCUUAGUAUUUUCUAUCUACCUCAGUUUAUUCUAUCUAUCUAUCUAUCUAUCUAUCUAUCUAUCUAUCUAUCUAUCUAUCUAUCUAUCUAUCUAAAUUUAUUCUAUCUCAAUUUAUACUAUCUCAGUUUAUUCUAUCUAUCUAUCUAUCUAUCUAUCUCAGUUUAUUCUAUCUGUCUAUAUAUCUGUCUGUUCUAUCUAUCUCAUCUAUUCUAUCUAUCUAUUUACCUAUCUUGGUCUAUUCUAUCUAUCUAUUUACCUAUCUUGGUCUAUUCUAUCUAUCUAUUUACCUAUCUUAGUCUAUUCUAUCUAUCUAUCUAUCUAUCUAUCUAUCUAUCUAUCUAUCUAUCUAUCUAUCUACUCAGAUACCUGUCAUCUCUCUAUCUCUAUCUCUCUCUCACUCUCUCUGAUCUCUCUCUCUCUCUCAGUCAUUUAUCUAUCUAUCUAUCUAUCUAUCUAAGUCUGAUCAUUAUCUAUCUAUCUAUCUAUUUUACCUGA